GUCCGAUACUUUCGCCACAAUUAGCCCAAAAUUCUUCUACUAAUGAAUAAUGAUGUGAUUCCUGAGUCGUCCGUUUAUCUGGACUGAUAAUUUACUUGGCUUCAACAACAGUUUGCAAUCAUCAAUGGAGAAUGGGACGGACGCGUUCUACGUUGUGAGGAAAGGAGAUAUCGUUGGUGUGUACAGGAGUUUGAAUGAUUGCCAAUCUAUGCUGUGUGGUCCAGAUGUUGCUGUGUUUAAAGGCCAUCAGUUGUCUAACACUGCUGAGAAAUAUCUCGCCUCACAUGGGCUCAGUCGGGCAAUAUAUUCUGUUGGUGUUUCUAAUGUGCAAGGUGAACUUUUUGGCCAACUCCUUCCCUGUCCUUUUCAGCAACCCCCUUCCAUUAAAGAUACAGUUGGUAGCAAGACUCCUGCUGAGAAGAGAAUGAAGAAAGAUGCUGGAUCAACUUCUUUGUCAGAAGGUACUCAAAGGAAGUUCCCCGAAACUGAAAGCUUUAUUGAGGCUCUACCAGUUUCUGCUCACUGUUGCUCCUGUAUUCUUGAGUUCGAUGGCGCAGCAAAAGGAAACCCUGGACCAGCGGGUGCUGGGGCUGUCCUACGUGCAGUAGAUGGAACUCUGGUUUAUCGUCUCCGUGAAGGUCUGGGCAUCGCAACCAACAAUGUUGCUGAAUAUCGAGCUGUGAUUUUAGGAUUGCGGUAUGCUCUUGAGAAAGGAUAUAGGCAUAUUCGUGUGCAAGGAGACUCUAAGCUUGUUUGUAUGCAGGUUAAUGGUUUGUGGAAGACCAAAACCCAAAACAUGACCGACUUGUGCAAAGUGGCGAAGGAGCUCAAGGAUAGGUUCCUAUCCUUCCAAAUUUGUCAUAUUGAAAGGGAAUACAACUCUGAAGCUGAUGCUCAAGCCAACCUGGCUGUACAUCUCCAGAGUGGUGAGAUUCAAGACGAAGUUGAUAGAAGAUAGUUCGAACCCCUUUCCUAAAUGUUGAUUUGCAACUUUCGUGUUGAUUACAAUCGAGCAACUUACUUUCGGGUUUUUUAGAACGUAAUUCGACAUCCAAUUGCAUGUGCCUUGAUGCAACUAUGUGCAGUACCACACUGCAAUUUUUAGCUCAAAAAACUUUUGUUAAUGCAUGCCAAUGGGUUUUUAUUCGAAACCGCUCUCUACUUUGGUGUAGAGACUGUGUACAUCUUAUCCUUUUCAGACUCCAUACUGC